AUGCUUCCUCAAAGGAAAUGCUUGAAUGAAUUUAGAUGCGAUAAGUGCGGACGAUGUUAUGUAUGGAAGAAAGGACUCCAAGCCCAUAAAAAGUACCAGUGCGGUGUCAAGAAACAAUUUUUCUGCCCUGUUGAAGGUUGUCGUUAUAGGGCGACAUUCAAGUCUACAGUCAGGAGACAUAUAAGGGGCAUUCACUCUGCAGUAGCUAGCAGUAUUAAAUACUGAGUUAAGAUGUGAAUAAUUAUACAACUUUGAGUAAAUAGAAGCUUUUGAUAGAAGAACUAUUGUUGUUUUAUUUUAUAUUUGAACAUCAACAAAAGAAAGGCACAAUUAGUCCAAGCUCCGACGAGACUUGAACCUACAUACAUCAUCGCGGAUUUUGAUAAAAAUGGUAUCGGAGUGAGGCUGGUAAUGGGAGGAGUACAGAACACCAACGUCGG